UGUAUAAUGGAAAAGAUCUAGAUCCUAUAUAUGCGGUAACAAAUAAUUGACACAUGGGAAAGUUGUCACAGCUACUAUAUCUCUGUUACUUAAAGUUUAAGUGCAUAAAUGUUAGUUUUCUCUGAUAGUGGUUUUGAUUUUGGUAUUAAACAUCUCAUCUAUUUCUCCCAAGAACAUGUCCAAUAUAAUCAUAUUUUUAUAUAAGCUGUCUUCACUUACACAUGGGGACACAUACCCAUUAAAAUUUAACAGAAAAGCUCAACUAAAUGUUCAUAAACUGUAGGACUGUUCAUAAAUAUGAGUUGGGGCAAGUUUUUUGUCAGGUUAAUUACAAGAUAUGUUAAUGAGAAGAGUUUGGUUCCAAAAUGAGAUAAAUCCCCUAACUCUAAAAAUCAUGCUUUGUUAUUGUGCAUACCAUUAAUAUCAAUCAAACUGCAGUUGGUUUGUUUCGAUUUAAUCCAUAUAACUAAAAAAAUACAGCAAACUAACACAAUAAAACACAAGUAAAACAUGAUAACAUUAUAAAAAACAUGAUUUUUUAAAAACGGAGUUAUCUAAUUUUGGAACCAAACCCUUCAUAUUUAAAACAUUGGUUAAUCAAUAAAACAAAACAAUAAAUAAACCGAACCCUUAAAAAUAAUUACUUUAGUUAAAAGUUUGACAAUUAUCCCUGGUAUUUUGUUUAAUCAUUGCCUACUGUAUAUGUCUAACAAAUCAAGUUUAGAUACAAAUCAAGAUAUACAGAAAAUGGCGUUAUUUAGUAUAAAGACCAACAUCAUUCAAACAGAAUAAAACUGCUUAUUAUGCAAUAAGCAUAACACCAUAAUAUUGACAGUUAAAAUGCAUUAGUUAUACAUUCUGCAAAAAAACGGCAAAACAAUUAUGAAACACAAAACGAUUAAUAAAACAGCAGAAACUAAUGAAUUAUUAUUUACGUGACCACUCUACAAACAAACAGAACCCAGAAACCCAGAAGAUGCAUGUUUACUUGUUUCUCAAACUUCUCAAACAGACUUAGUUAUUGAUAUUGUAACGUGUUUCCCCUGCGGAUAAUACUGUUAUUAUCUCAAGAAACAGAAAUCAGACAAAACAGUAUCAAUAAAAUAUCGCCUUCCCGUGCGCACAUUUACGAACUGAACGCCCUGAUGGUGUCCAAAUAAAUAAAGUAUAUCACCCAUACCAUACAUAGGUGUGCAGCAUCCCGAAAUACAUACAACUGCUGCUGAACGUUGAUAGUAGAUCGUCCGGUGAAGGCGCACUUGGAGCGCGCUGUCUUCGCGCGCCUCACCUGUGCGCAAUAAUGAACAAUCAGCAGAGACGCGCAGUUGCAUAUAUAAGCCGAGCGCGACGUCCUCUUCAAUUAAACCUGAUCUCCGAUAUCUACAGAGGAUGGGGCUCUUUGAAACAUGGGUUUUAUGGCUUUUUGUGUUACCCGCUGUGUUCAUUCAUGCAGACACGUUAGCAGAUGGAAUUCAUGCUGAAUGCCUUGACAAUCGUGUACAGUUUACCAUCCAAGGUUCUUGGAGUGACGAAGGUUCAUUAGGGGUCUAUGCAGUCAAUGACACGCAGACUGUACUCCUCACACCUUACCUGGCAGCUCAUUGUGGCUACACUCAGAAAUUUGAUCCUUGGGGUAAUACAAUCGUCUCGGCCUCCCAGCAGAGCUGUUUUACCCAGAACAAGGGUGACCAGGAAUUUACAGUAGCCAUGCAGUUUAAACUGUAUGAAUUCCCAUCUUUCUCUGAGAAAGUUUAUGAUGUGAGCAAAUCGUGCCCUCUUAAAAUGAUGUCGCGUGAGAUUUUGUGUGAGGCAAACUUCAUGGAGGUGUCAGUAAGGAAUGCAAUACCAGAAAAGGCAACGGCAUUAAAACAGUGGCCCGUAGUUGUUUCUAACUUGCAACUCUGGAAGAUCAUUCUCUUCACCCCUGAAGAGAAGACCUUUGAUGAAGAGGACCUACUGAGAAUGGGUUAUAAUCUUCACAGUUCUCCGACGCGACUUGUAAUGCGAAGCCCGUACAACAUGGCAGAGAACUACAUGCAGAAAGUUGCAGAUGUGGAUAUGAUCGUGUUCAAGUCGCUAGUCUUGUACAGAGACUUAUGGAUGAUGACUAUAGUGGAGUCAUCUGCUGCCUGUCCAAUAAAUGGAGCUGCUGUGGUGGGUCAGCUGAUUUCUUGGCACGUUCCUUGGCACAUCACCCCUUUGGUGUCCUCGGGCGUUGAGAUUUUUGAGGUCCACCUGGGUGUUAACGGCAGAAGACUCUCCCCUGCAGAAAUGGCCAGUCGCAACUACACCAUGACCUUCACUGAGUCCCAUAUAGUUGUUGAGAUUCCCAUCGGUGCGCCUGAUGGGUACUACAAGAGUCAUGUUCAAACUGAGUGCUACCACAUCAGUUACACCAUAGAGCACAUGAUUGAAAUCCUGUGGAAGGAGGGGCUGGAUAACACCACGUAUAAGGUUUUGUUCCCCAUCACCACCCCUUUGACACCCUGGAUGCCCCAAAUGAUUGACAAUACUCAAGCAAAGCUGAAGAUGUUUGAUGUCCUGCUGGGUUACUACUUGCCUGAUGUGCAGUUGUGGAACAUCACCUUUGGCUCGGAGCUGCUGAGUGUCUCUGAGGUCAUUCAUAAAGGUUUUAUUCUGCAGGAGCACAGCUUCCCAAAUGGCACCAGAGCGUUUUCUCUACAGGUGUCCUUCUUUGAUCCCAAUGUCCAGAAGAAUCUUCAGACUGAUGUUACAACCUACACGCUUUCCCUCAUCUUUGAAUUUGUCAUCAUGCCUGAACGAAGAUCUUUCUUGCACUCUGUAGUCCUAGAAGCUUCAUUAAGGGAUAUCGUCCUCCCUAAAGUAGGAGGAAAAUGCGAACAGGAGCGUUUCAGAAUCUAUGUCGAGUAUGACAGCGCUUCACACUCCAAUCUAAAGAUCACACUGGGAGAAAGAGAGCUGACCGAUGGGAUUUUACAGCAGUACACGCAUCACCAGAAUGACAGUCAUCUCACCUUUGAUAUUCCGUUGAUGUCACCGGAUGUGAUAUUUGAGUCUGUUCAGCUGGCAGGAAUCAUAGGAAGGCUUGAUGUGAAAAUCCAAGAUUCAUUGAAUGACUGGAAAUUCAAAGACUUCUCCCUCACUUGUCCUUUCUUUGAACCAUUGUUAGAAUGUUUUUCUAACGGAACAAUGACUGUCGUUCUACCCAAACUGGAAUCUGUACCUGAUCUGAAUCCCCGUGAACUGUCUCUGAGAGACCCGGCCUGCAAACCCUUCUACAGCGACGACCACGUUGCUUAUUUUCACUUUGCUCUCAGCGAUUGUGGGACUUCAAGAAAGUUUGUUGGGGAUACCAUAAAGUAUGAGAAUGAAGUGACAUUGAAGCGAGAUGAACCUCUGCAGAAGAUCUACGAAUCACUUGCACAACAUCAAAAAGAGUACAGGAUCAUGGUGUCCUGCAUCUACACAGCAAAUGCCACUCGGAGUGCGGUGUUCCAAUCGGUUUCACCUUCUAAUGCGCCCAAUGUGGAUGUUGGGAUGGGUGAACUUACUGUUCAGCUGAGACUCUCUCAGGAUAUGGUCUAUAGGCUCUUCUAUCACGAUGAGGAUUACCCGGUUCUAAAGUUUCUAAACCAGCCGCUUUAUUUUGAGGUGGGUAUGGCUCAUUCAAGAGACUCCAGGAUGGCAGUAAUUCUGGAAAACUGCUGGGCAACACUCCACGAAGAGAGAAACUCCAAUCCCAGAUGGGAUUUAAUAGUUGAUGGCUGUGCAAAUCCUAAAGACCCAGAACAAACCACGAUUCGUCGUGUAAUGCCAGACGACCGAGUGCAUUUCCCUGAUCACUUCAAGAGAUUUGAGGUCAAAACCUUUGCUUUCCCAGAUGACAGGAGCUUUGAUGGUGAUCAGGAUGCCACACUGGCAAGACGGGUAUUUGUUCAUUGUGACGUUGCCAUUUGUCACAUUGAGGGCGCUGCUGAUGGCCACUGCUUCAAACCGUGCACGGCUCCACUAAUUCCAAGUGCAGGCGAUUCUAAACGAGUUCGCAGAAGAUCUGACUAUACCGAGGACGAACCCCAGCAUGUGUCUAUAGGCCCGAUUCUUUUGAUGUAAACCUUGGAUUCCAGUUUCCUCCUGAUAUAAAAACUGUCAUCACGUGUACUCUUCUGGUUGUCUAACUGAGUUUUGUGCAAGUCAGUUGAGUGGUUUUACUUGGGCAAUUUUACAGUUUUGUGGUAACAAAAGUCAGACCAAGUCAUUACACCAUAAAUGCAUGUACUCAUGUUUCUUCUGUAAAUGCUCUGGUCAUCCACUAGAUGGCAUUUCAAGUUGAAUAAAUGGUUUUAAG